AUCGACGCUAGGCUAACAGAACAGGCCACAGCACCAAGUUGAAAUGUUUCCGUACGAAAGCAAUUAAAAAGGUCCUUUACGAGAAAGUGGAUUGACUUUUAGAAGCAAUGGCGAAACAGAAAAAGAUUUUAAGAAGCUUUGAGUCGAAUGACCCCUUAGACCAUUAUAUCACAGAGAUUUCUUUUCGAAUGACUCCUGCUCAGAAGAAGCUGUAUGAAGUAACACUGAUGCAUCCAAAAUCUAUAAUGAUGGGGGCACCAGAAGUUCUUCAGCUCUUACAGAAUUUGAUUCGUGCUAUCAAAGCAAAAAAUGUCAUUGACGUUGGUGUGUUUACUGGUUGCAGCACUUUGGCUCAAGCCUUGGCUCUCCCAGAAGAUGGUAAGGUAGUUGCUUGUGAUAUUCAAGAGGAAACUAUUAAACUUGGUAAACCGUUCUGGGAAGAG